UUGAGCUUCGUCAAGCUACGAAAUCUAGAUCGAUUUUUGACAAACAAGUUGCUACAUUACGCUCGAAGUUAAGAGAUACCUACGAAAAAAUAAUUUUCCUUGAUUAUGAAUUGUCUCAAUCUAAGGAAGUUGAGCAGAACUUGUGGAAGAAUGUGUAUUACAAGGUUAUCGAAGAUUUCAGAAAGAAGAUCCGUGCUUUACCCGCACCUAAUGUAAAGCCUAAGUCAACUUCCAAAAAGUUGACCAGUGCUUUUCGUUCUUUUCUACAUGAAGCGACAGGGUUUUAUUAUUCUUUUAUUCAAAAACUUGCGAUUCAUUUUGAAUUGAAGCAGUUGGAUCCAGUUAUCAAAAAAUUUGGACUAACAAUAGAGCCCACUGAUGUCUCUCAACGUUUUUACUCUGAAGAUAUUAAACAACGAGCUGUUCUUAGUUGUCAUAAGAGUUUAAUUUUUCUAGGUGAUUUGGGUGGUGACAGAUCAAACAAAAACUGGUCCACCGCGUGUGAUUAUUAUAAUCAUGCCAGACAGUUAGUUCCCGAUAGUGGUAAUCCUCAUAACCAAUUGGCUGUUAUUUCUACUUACAAUUCUGAUGACUUUUCUGCCGUCUACCAUUAUUACCGCAGCCUUGUUGUAAAACAUCAAUUUUUGACUGCCAAAGAUAAUAUUAGUCUUUUGUUUCAUAAGGCCCAAAGAUCCGCUUCCGAAAUUCCUGACAGAGAAAUCCAUAAAGAACAGCGAGAAUUCAGCGGAAAAAGACGUUUUUCCCAUCAACGUCAAGUAUCUACAUCAUCAAUGACUCAGUCAAGUAAAUUAAAAGCAAGUGAAACUAUUCAGUCUUUUUUUGCUGAUUUUAUUAGUUUGGAAUCUUAUUCCGAAUUAAAAGGGUCUGUUUUGAAUCAGUUGAAAGAGUACGCUCUUUCGCGUACGUUAGAUCCUGAUCAACUUUUAAAAUUAACCGUGAUAAAUAUGGCCGCAUCAUAUGUAAUUCGACUCAUUACCAACAGUGAAAAUGGUGCAAUUAACCAUAGUCCAAAAGCUAUUUCCACAUAUUCACAAUCAUCCAAGAAGGCUCUUGUUGAGAAACAUUCAAUCUUAUUGGUAUUAGAUACUCUAACAGCGUUAUUAGACAUGUGUAACUCUGAAUUAGCAGAUAUUUCUAUUGAUGGAUCAGAUAUGCAUAAUGCAGUUCAAAUUCUUCCUGCACCUGUUAAACGAAGCCUUGCGACUCUUCGUGUUGGAACAAAAUGGGUUUAUUUGAGCCUCGAUUAUAUCGAAUCUAUGUCCACAGUUAUUUCCAAAGAUCCUAACGUUAAGGGCGAGUUUAAUAAUUUUGCUAGAUUUUGGGAAUAUUUUGCUGAAUUUCUUAAUACGAUGGAAAGUUUAUUCCCUCAUGAUCAAGGUAUUCCUCUCGAUGUACCUUUAAAGGAAGACUUUGAAUUAAAUGGCUUCCUGGUCCUUAAAAAUCAUAUAUCUGUGGACAAAAAUGCAUUUGCAGACCAGGGUGAGCCAUUUGAAGAGUUAGACAUGCGUAUUUAUGAUAUUUUUGAAGAUGCAAGAAAGAUUUCCGAAUCUGAGUUGUCCCAAUUAUUUUAUUAUGACGGCAUUUUUAGUGCAAGUGAACCUCCUUGUAAAAUUAUUUCCCCCAUUAACGCUCUUAGUCCAAUCGAACAUGAAAUUAUGGAAGAAUCUUAUGACGGACCUAAAGUUAUCACCGAUUUGAUUAUUGACCGUGAUGAUGCUAAUUUAGCCGAGUCUCAAUCUUUUGCAUCAAGUAGUCCAAAGGGACAGAGUAGCGAUACAGCCGAAGAUGAAACAGAAGAAGAAGUUAUCUUAUUCACGGGGCGUCAUUCAGCCAUUAUCGACAAUGAUAAUAAUUCAAGUGCCGUUGCCAUGUCUAAAAAAGCUUCGCAUACCGAAAAAUUAAAUAGUCCAACAGCAGCUGAGGUCUUGUUAAACCAAGUUUUAAAUUCCAAUCAACAAGUUACUUCAUUCUCUUCUGUUAGCAAACCAAAUGAACAACAAAAUUAUUGGAAUCAAUUUAAUACACCUCAAUUAUUCCCUACAAAUAAUGCUUCCAUGCAAUUUGAUAAUUUAGAAAUUAAAUCCGUAAAAGCAAAUUCUUUAGAUUACCUAACACCUGUAAGCAGGCCAUCUACCACUAAUUCUAAUGGUUUUUCGAACAUAAAUACCGGUGCUUAUGAUUCAACUUCGUUUGCGAGUCCAACACCUGUCUCUGGGGUUCCAAACUCUUCUCAAGAUCCACUUGUUCCAACUACAAAACGGUCAUUAAAUGAUGGCAAAGUAUCAUACCAAAAUGUAGCUACCCCUUCGAGUGCUUCUUUAUUUGCUUUCCCUGGUACAGAUGGCGGAGCUUCUCAAUUUGAUUUGUUUGGUCAUUCGAAUUCAAAUAUGAAUAGUUAUUCGGGUUCUUCUAGUUUUACUUCAGUUAAGCCUAUCGUGCCAACAACUUUAACAGCACCUCCUGGAUUUACUUCUGACACACCCAACCUCGAAAUGCAUAAACAGGAUCAGCAACAAAGCACCUACCAACAAUCUUUGUUUCAAACCUCCAAUGCAUUUGGAUUCUCAUCUUUUGAUAUCAUGCACACCCAGUUUCCAUUGAAGAAUGGUAGUGAUUGUUUAUUUAAUGGAAUGCAUGAUAAUAAAAUCAAUGGUUCUAAUGAAUUAGUUUAUCAAGGAAUACAAGAUACGAAUAAUACUAGUACAAAUGAACAACAUCACAAUUCCUUAUUUUGGCUUAUGAAUUCCACCAAUACCAAUAUUACGACAUCAUCGAAAACAGGAGAUAAUGGAACUUUAUCGGAUCCAAAAGCAAGCGAUUCUCGCGAUCAAUUUCGCUACUUUUCACCUGGUUGGACUCCUGCGUCAAUUGGCUAA